AUGAUAAAUUCAACUUGGGAACAAAUACGUCGAGAAGUUAGAAAUUAUCGUAGUUCAAUACAACCUUCAAAUGUUGUCAACAUUAAAGACUUUUGUUUUGAUGAGGAAAGUAAUCGCGCAUAUUUCUUGGCUACAGAUUCUUCAUGGAUGAAAACAUCAACAUUAUUUGUGGUUGAUUUGCCAUCUUUGAAAGAACACGAGUUUCAUAAUCAAUUUUCUUUUAGCUUUUCAAACAAUGAAUUUCAGGUUAAAGACUUUCCUUUUACCUUUCCACAAUCUAUUUCAUGCGAUAAAUCAAUAACAACUACAAUACCAACAAAUUCUGACCACAUAUAUAUUUCAAAUUUGAAAUCAAAUAAAAAACAGGCAUUAAAAAAUUCAUCAACAACAAUUUUAUCAAAUAAGUUACCAGUUGUUCAUUGGAGACCUUUAUUGUCAGAAUUAUGGUUAAAAGAAAAAUCCUUUUCUGAAACAUUAUCGAGAGAAGAAUUGUUUGUGAAGGAACGAAGGAGGCUAGCCUUACAAGGAAUUGCUAGCUAUCAAUUCGAUCCAAUCGGUUGUCAAAUUCUUUUCAGUUAUGGCAGUGGAAUAUAUUUAGGACAUAUUGGCGAGAAUGGUGAAUUUAAUCCCAUACCAAUAACGCCUCGUUCUAGCUCUAUAAUAUUUUCUGGAAAUUCAAUGAACUUUUCCCAAAUUAGUCACUCACCACAUCACAACAAUUUAUCACCAAUCACUUCUCCUUCAACAACCUCUUCUUCCUCCUCUUCACCGCCACCACCUCUCCCUUCUUUCUGUACCUCCCCCAACAAUAAUAAUAAUAACUUAUUACCGCCACGAUUAGACCCAAAACUGGGUGGUCAAAAUCAAAAUCUCGUUGCAUUCAUUAGAGAUCGUGAUAUAUGGGUUAGUACAAUGAAUGGCUGCGAAACACAAUUAACAUUUUGUAAUGAUCAUGAUCCAGAUGGUAAUUCUGCACUAAGUUGUGGAGUUGCAGAAUUUGUGAUGCAAGCACUACAUGUUGCUGUUUGA